CUUUGAUUCUCUCUGUGCGUCUGUACAAGUCCAGCACACGCAGACAUCCAUCCAUCCAUCCGAUGAACGAACCAUGCAGCUCUUCGUCCACCGAACAUCAGCCAGUCACGCAUGAGGGCAUCGUGGCAGCCCUCCCCACCCCUCCCUCUCUCUGCAACUUAUCCUACACACACAUCAGCAAGCUGUCGAUGGGCCCGGCCGACCUGACAAACAAAGAAAGAGACAAACAGCCAAAGGACCAACCAACCAAACAAACAUGAAACCACCGCUGCAGGACGUUCAUUCCAUGGACGCAGGACAGCCAGACCGCCCGUGCGUACCUGUGGUCUUCUAUUAGGUGUCACGCUGUUUGAGAAUGAGUUUCUCAUCUCUUCCCCAGCUGAUGUCGUACUCGCGGCCGUCAAUCCCGCCGAUGGUGUUGCGGUGCGUCUGCUCGACGACCCGCUUGAAGUAAUGUCGUCCAGGUCGGCACAGCGGGGCAAAUCGCAGCUCAAAGGUCAGCUCCUCGACGCCUCGGAUCUUGAGCAGCGAUUUGACGCACGCGAUGCCGAACUCGCCGACAGCAUCUUCAUCACGCAGGGCCUCAGGCACUGCAGCGACACAGACAGGCAUACACAACACCCGAUGGGCUGGUAUGUGAAUGGUGGCGAUUGUUGGCAGCUCACCUUCUACAGUAAGGUCCAGCCGUUUGAUAGUCGGCAGCUGAUCCGCUAUGUCCCCGCACGUGAGUCCCCCCUCGCCCACCCCCUUGACGCUUGUGGCAAGGAGCCAUCCCAGGCCCCUCUCCCCGCCCACCGCCUGCAGCACCCCCACAGCCUGCUCCUCUGUUGGGUUGGUCAGCUUAAUGGUUCCGACUGCCGGCAUCUUGGCCACCAGCCUUCGCCCAGCCGCAUGGCCCUUGUUGCUGUCCACCGUCAGGAGUGACGCGGCAGGGAAUGCGUCAUCUGGCAUCCUGUCGAGCACCACUGGAUCGGGCUGCUCGUGGGGCGCAAUAUGUCGAGGGUGGUUCACCACCGACACGUACUGCGCGUUGGGGAAUGUCAGGCGCUCUGCGAGGUCGAUGACAGCGCUGCUGGGUGUGUCGAGUGGGGUGGUGAGGUGGUGGGGAUGGAUGGUGAAGGACGCCCAGCGUGUGUGGGCGGCCAGCUGCUUGAUGUGUUUCUGGACGAAGGGGGGGGGCUGCGCUCACAAAGCUGUGGACCGCACAAUCGAUGUCGAUGGGAAUGUCGGGCUUCACACACACGGCAUUGGUGAAGGCCUCGAUCGUCAAGAGGGUCUCGAAGAUGCGGCUGUCGAUCCCAGCGGUGCCGAAAUCGAUGUCGAGCUUCUUGAUGGAGCGGCAGCCACGGUCGACGAGAACGUCCUGCACAAAGACACACGCAACUCACAAGCAAGCUCUGGCCCUCCCUCUCUGGCCGUGUGUACCUCGUGUGGUUCAUCGCAUACCUGAAGAUCCUCCAGACCCGCAGCCCAAGCAUUCGGCAUCCUGAGGGUCCCGAUGUACUCCAGCUGCGCCAGAGGCCCCGGUUGGCCAGCAGCCGCCGUGGGGAUGUGCCUCAGCGUGCGCCGCAUGGCGACAGGAGUGCAUUCGACGUGCAGGUCCUUCAGGCACCGCGACGUCCCCACCAGCUCCCCCAAUAUGUCGGCCAACACGACAUUGCAAUGCACCGUCCCUGGCACGUGGACUGUCUCGAGUGACGGCAGCUGCCAGUGGCGCCCGCGGCCGGGACACACUAAAGUCCCCGGGAUGGGAGGGAGAAUGAUGGCUGUGAUGGAUUCGAGGGACUGGAGAAUGGGGGGCGGGUCGAGGGGCGGGGGGAGGGCCGACGACUGCUCUGUCGCAGCUCUGAUGUUGCGAUACUCAUCCUUCUCGACGGUUAUGCUGCACUCCUUCCUGCUGAUGUCUAUCGAGUUCAAUGUGCUGCCCGCCGGCUGCCUGGUCGCUGCCGCCGCCGCUGCCGCUGCGGCUCUCCGUCCCUGAAUGUGCCCCUCCACCAAUGCCGUGACGACCUUGUUGCUCAUCCGCGGCAGCAGAGUCAAGCUGUCAUUAGCGGACAGCCGCCCAGCGGGAGUCACAGUCGGGACGUGGAGGCACAUGGGAUACUCGACGACAAUGGAGCUGAGACGUUUGAGCCGCCGGCCCCACUCGAGGGCGUCGUUGAACGACAGGCCGCACCAGAAGCGCCGCUCGGCCGUGUCGUAGGUGUCCAUCACCAGCUGGGUGAUCUGGCAGCCGACGUGGCGCCACAGCCGCUGGGGCAGCGCCGCCACCAAAUGAAGCGACACGAACGAGAAGACGUAGGCAACGACAACAGGCUGAGUGGACAACACACGCCACACAGAGGACACAAUGAAGAUCUAUGUGUUUGCCAGUGGUUUCGUUUGGUGCAUGUUACGAGUUGGCUGCAGCGCUGAGCAAACGCCUCCAAAUCUACGCUGUGCGUGACCUGCGAUGCCGCGGCCUGCUGCUGCUGCUGCUGCUGCUGGUCGUCGGAGUCCAUCAUGGCCUCCGAGUCGUCGUGUGCGUCCUCCGGUCUGUGGCCUCUCCC